GUGUGUGUGUGUGUAAUUAUGGAAAACUCAAUUGUGUCCCCUUCGCCCCCCCCCCCACCUUUGAGGAGAGAUUUCAGCACCCCCACUUAAAAAAUCGUUCCCAUGUCCCUGAUGCCUCCCUGUAUCUGCUGCACAGAUCGCAGUCUACUUAAUAACUCGAAUUCACGUUCAAGCUCUAUUCAAAUUCGCGUUGGUUUAGCAAGGUGACGGUCGAUUCUCCUGAAAAUGGCGGACAAACAUACCAAAGAGACGACGGAGGAGUUUUCCUCCCGAAUCUUCGGUAUCGUGAGCGGAUCAUUCACUGGGAUUUCCAUUGCAUUUGGCUACAAGACCGGUCUUUUCAAAGUCCUUGUGGAUCACCAUGACACACCUAUGACUUCACAGGAAAUAGCUGAUGUAGCUGGCUUGAAAGAAAGGUAUGUUCGGGAAUGGUUGGGCGUGAUGACGACGGCCUCCAUCGUCGAUCUCGACCCUGUGACAGAGAAAUAUCAUCUACCACCUCACCGUGUAGACAGCUUCCGGUCAGGGACCAUGGUUGGCCACUCGGCUAGUUGCUGCAUCGCGAUACCCGAAUUCAGCCAGGCUUUCCCCACCAUGAUCGAUGUCGUCAAGAAAGACGGACCACGAGGUAUGACAUUUUCCAUGAUGCCGAAUGCCCCGGAAUUUACUGAAGCAUUCAGCUCGCCAUGGAUGAACGAAUGUCUAAUCCAGAAACUGAUUCCAUCCCAACCGGAGAUCAUGUCAAAAUUAGAAACUGGCAUUCGAACGCUCGAAGUCGGGUGCGGUCGUGGUGCUGCGACAAGAAAGUUUGCUGAAAGGUUUCCAAACAGUCAUGCUGUAGGUCUUGACAUAGACCAGGGUGAAGUCGAUAGGGCGAACGAAUUAGCUAAAUCACUGGCACUCAAUAACGUGGAGUACGUCUGCAGCGACGCCGCUGCGAUGCCUAAGGACUGGACCUCGACGUUCGAUUACGUGUUCAUCUACGAUGUCCUCCACGAUACAGCCCGACCAGACCUGAUCAUUGACGAGGUCAAGAGGGUGAUGAAGACGUCGGGAAUCGUGUCUGUGAUUGAGAUGAAUGCUGACUCGAAGCAAUCUGGAAACAUCGAGAACCCUGCGGCACCAAUGUUGUAUACGUGCAGCUUGUUUUAUUGUUUGCCAAUGGGAUAUAACGCACCUGGUUCCAUGGGUCUUGGAACUAUGUGGGGCAAGGACCGCAUAAGGGAGUUCAUGAAAGGCAAAGGUCUUAGGGUUAAAUCAGAAACCAAAGUUCCUAUGAUGCCACAAAUUCAUUUCCUGUUGGAAUUGAUGUAAAUAGGGGCGACUCCUGGUAGAACAGAUGUUGCCUAUUUUAAUAGUGUUCUUUUUUAAGGGUAGGGCUCAUUAGUGUACUUGGAGCUGGAGGGGAGUGCCUUCGAGCGAAACGUUUUUAAUACGAACUUCAUGCCUUUAUAAUUUUUCGUACCACGUAAAAGCCGUUAUACAGUCUUUCAAAAUAGCCAAAUGGCCAAAGUCUCACUUUUUUAUUAAAAAUAUGAUAAUUUUUUUUUUGUAAGGCGUUCUUGCCUAUAUCAAACCCACAACCAUGCCAUUUUAAGCGCAAGGAUCAUCCAAUUGCGCCACACAAACCAGUUUCUCGGGUCGUUGCCUACUGCCAAAUACGUUACAGCUUUACAUAUUUAUGAAUAUUCGUGAUGUGUAGUCUUUGACUGAAUAAAUCAUAUUCUGGGGCCUGAAAAAAGGGUUCGUACGAAAAAAAAUGUAUAUUUCCGCUUCCAUGAGAAACACUUUGAGGGAGCACAAAAUGCAAAAGAGAAAAGCCAAUGAAAGAACAAUGUUGCCCCUGUUUAUCUAUUUUUGUUCAAUUCAAUGCAUCGAAGAUAGUCUUAAUAAGCUUUAAAAAAGGGGAUGAUUUCUGUCUAGCCCUGUAUUACGUAUCCUCAGAUAUGUCUUCUCUCAGAAUCGCAUAAUUUUGCGCCCUUAUGACCGUUCUACAACUACAUUUUUAUUGGUAUCCUCCAAUUAGCCGCCUAAGAGUAAUGCGGAUAAUUCAAUAAAAAUUGCGUUCACAAACUCCAUAGAUUAUUUUUACGAGCGCCCGUCCUGAAAAAGGCGGAUAAUCGUCAUGACAACUGGACACGCCCCCUCCAAUGCGGUUGUGUUGGAAAAGGGUGACCUUGUGACCGCACCAUGGCAAUUAUCAUAAACUCAAAAUCUUGUCCCGAUGCCGCUAUUAUGCGGAUAAUAGCAGCAUCAGAAUAAUGCGGAUAACUCUUGUCCUCCUCUGAUUUUACGACCAAAGUAUGCUGCUAUUAGCCGCAUAAUUGUGUUUUAUUGGGUUUAUGAAAGGGGUAUUAGAUUUGCGAGGAGGGAGGGGGCGGUGGCACAAAAUCAGUGUUUGUGCCGGCGAUAUAUCAUAAUGCUAGAUACGCUACACCCUUGGCUGGACGCAACGCGGGGGGAAGGGGCAAUUCCCACCCCCCCCCCCUCCUUCCCAGAAAUUUUGAAAACUUGUUUUUACUGAAAAUUUGUCACACAUUCUCCUAAAGUGUGCACAAAAUCCUUUAAUUUCACUAAAGAAAAUACAAAAGUACCCCCAUAAUAAGCUCGGUCGCUUUGCUUUCUCGUUUAUAAUCAUAAUUUUUCUUGGAAACUGGUCCGUUAUUUGUGUACUGUUGGUAAUAAAUCGGACUAUAUUAUCACUCUCA